AGUGUACAAUCUUUGUUCAUUUUUCGUGAUCCACGCUUUUGAUGUUAUGUUUGCACGGUAUCUCACGAGAGUAUUUAAAACAUAAUCAAAAAAUUAAUUAUUUGUGGAUAUAUUGUUGAUAAUAUCGAUGUAAUAUGAUGGAUGUGGAUCUGCUUAGACCAGGCACUGUGCCGAUCUCACCGGACACGAUAUUGUGGUUUGAAUUUUUACUGAAUCCCUCGUUGCUGCAGAAGCAUUUGUCAAAACCUUUCCCAGACCCAUCACCUACAGACCUAAUAAUAAAAUUCACGACAAUUAAUUCCGAUCAAAAAGAGACUGAGCCUAAAGCAACUGAUGUAGAGGUGAAUGAUGUAAAGUCCAAUGGUGCAAGCAAGUGGUCUCAUAGAAAUUUAGCAUUAAAGAUACUAUCUCUGAAAGUAGCAGCUUACCUUAAAUGGGAUUUGGACAUAUUAGAAAAGAAACUACCUCUGCCGAUACAGUUUACGUUAUUGCAAGAUUUAUUUUAUAUCACUGGGGAUGUUAUGGUAGAGAUUCCUGGUGCAAUGCCAGAAUUCUUUAUGGAAACUGCUUCUGAUCAACUCCUGUUUGCGUUGGUUUUAUAUCAUAGAUGGUGCAUAAGAGCAAUUAUUUGUAAGGCUCUUGGCAAUAAACAACCAAAACAACAGCUGCUUCACAUCCCAAGCACUCAGGAAUCAACGUUUUUACCUCCUAAUGUAUUAGAGGAGAUUUUUAAAAAGUUUGAACAAAUAGUGCCAAACAGUGUAAGUGCUCUAAACAAUAUUUUACAAAUGCUCGAUAUAAAGCCAAAGGUUCUGUCUUUUGAUACUUUUCAAAUGCUGACUGAGGACAGUACAGAGAUUAAGCAAAAUUGGGAAAAUAUGUGCUUAGUGAAUAUAGAUGAGUUUAAAUGCCAGAUACAUUAUGACCUCGCGAUGUUUCAUUUAUUAAGGCAGGAGUAUCAAGAGGCCAAACGCCAUAUUGAGCAAGCAAAGGAGUUAUACAGUAAUUUUAAUCCAACAGAAGAGCUAUCAUAUUGUAAAGUGCAAAAGGAAUUCUUAGAUGGCUGUUGUUUGGCAUGUGAGGUGCCAUUAGAAGAAGUCACGCUUAGUCUUACACAACGUUUACACGCCUCUAUCAGGGAUCAAUACACUGAUAUAUUGCAGAUUUUGCAAGCAGAUAAUGUUUUCAGGGAGAUACCACAGGUUUAUAGAGAUAAUUUGGAGUUGGAUGUAAAAGGUGGAUUAGUUAAUAGGAAAAUCGUGGUCGCCCGAGAUCUUCUGCUGCAGAUAGAGUGCUUGAAUCUAGUUAGAAAGAUUCUUGAUGACAAAGUAAUUCUGGGUGAUUAUGUGGCUGAAAUUAAAACAGCUGGUACAAAGGGUCUGGAUGUCUUUUUUGGGGCUUUAGAUAAUGUCCUGGAAAAAGCAACAGCUGUAGAUAAAAAACGAAUUUCACGUUACCUUCUUUAUCUUGUAAAUACUGCUACUAUAGAUGGGCUUGCUUCAAGGAUAUGUAACAAUCCUUCCUAUGUGUCAUUAUUUGACGAGACAGACAUCAUUGUCUUUCAACAAGCAAUUAUUGCUGAUAAGAUAGAAAUACCAGAGUUGUUGCUACAUAAUGACUGGGGUAUUCCUUCUGUACCAUAUAUACAAAACGCGAGAAUCGAACUGUUUGAACUGGAACAAAAGUUGAUAGAGUCAUAUGAUUCUCAUAUAAUCCGUGAAACAUUGAUUCAGCUGGACGGGAAACAUCGAAUGAAACCAUUGUAUCAUGUAAAUGGUUGCUGGGAGUUACCCAUUCCAUUGCAGAGUGUAGUAAUGUCACUUCCCAGGGGCUUUAUCCAAGAUUAUUCGUAUGUUUUACUCGCGAAAAGUCGAGAAUUGGUGACUUCAAAAAAUUUUGAUGGUGCCAUUGAACUUCUCAUGAUAUUAGAUAAAGAGCUACAGGAACAUGUAAAGAGCGGAGGCUCAUUGAUUUUUAAGUUGUGUAAAUUAGUGAGCUGGGAAUGCCUACUUGUCGAGAUAUGGAAGUGUUUCCAUACUUGGCCGGUGACGACCGUUUGUGAUAUACAAAGUAUGAUUGUACGGAGUAAACAAUGUCUUGGUGCGUUACAAGCAUCUGAUCAGCUAAUUCCGCGACAAGAAGUAAUAGAAUAUUGUACAGUCUUUCUUUUAAAUAUGGCUGAAUGGGAUUAUCUUACUAGUUUAGAGAAACGUUGGAGUUACACUGAAUUUGCAGCUGCUAUCAGCAGUGUUUGCCAAGAAGUUGUCAAGUACAAAGGAACUCGCAAGUUUUCGCGGGACGCAUGGGAUAUGAUUUUAGCGGCAUUUGGUCCCACUAGGGAUCAGUCGCAAAAACGCAGUAGUAGCAGUAACAGCGGAAACUCUAGUACAUCAAGAGAUGUUGCUACUAGCAUUGUCCUUACGCUUACUCGAUUACGAGAACCAAUGGUUCUCACUGUGAUGAUAUCGUUACUGGCUCGUUUGCGCAAUGUCUUACGCGAUGAAUCUAGUCUGGAAUUGCAUACGCAGUAUCUAUCUCUUUGGCCUGCUGGAGUACCAAAUGCAAAUUCAUAUAACAUCAGACAUAUUGGAGAACUGUUAUUUCAAUUAUUGUCACAAGCUCUAAAAUAUUAUCCUACUAAUGUGCCUUGGUUGAGGCUAAUGGGCGAUCUUAAUUUUGUUCUAAUAUACUACGAAAGUGCAAUGAAAUAUUAUUUGAUGGCAAUCAUGAUAGUCACUGAUUUGUUUAGAGAACCAAUACCACGUGACCAAAUAGAUGAUCUUGUUAUUAGAAGGAUGAUCAAGUGUUGCGCUCACUUACAGUGCUACACUCAGGCGACUGUAUUGUGCCAAUUUUUGGAGGAAGUAGAUUAUUCUCUGGCGUUCAAAAUGGCAGCUAGUGAUCAAAAGAGUUGUGCUCCGGCUGAUGCUAUGGAUGCAUAUUAUUAUUGUAUUUGGGACACAACGAUACUCGAGUAUCUUAUACACUUGCAUACAAAACGUGGAGAACAUCACAGAAAACAACUUGCGAUUAAAGUCAUCGGUAUGCUGGAAUUAAACUCGAACAACAACGAUGAGAUUUUAACAGAAGCGAUUAAAGUUCGUAGAGCCAAAUUCUUAGGGGCAUUAGCGAAACAGUACAUUUAUUAAAAGAAUUUUUAUAGGAUUUUUUAUAAAUAUAACAAAUAUUUAUAGAUAAAACCGAAUAUGUAUGUGCGCGCGCGCGCGUGUGUGUGUAUGUAUAUAUAAGUACGCUGUAAUACGUAUAUUCGUAUGUGUUGCAUAUUUUUUGCGUGUAAAUGUAUGCUAUAAAAUAAAUGCUGUAAAAUAAAUAUAUUGGAUCGUG